CUUUUUGUAUCGAAGGAAUCAACAGCCGCCAUCUUGUCGCGGCUCGGAGUCAGGAUUUCGGGAGAGCAUUAUUUUUUAUUGAGAACCGGAACAUCCGAACCGAGGCCAAACGGGUUUCUUCUGCCGAAAACGAAAAGCUUAGACGCCUUCGAAGACAUUUCGUGAGAAAAAACGGAGAUUGGGUCGGUUUUCAUCGGCCAGAAAACCCCCCAUAUAUCUGAUUUCCCCUUCAGAAAGCGCCGCUUCGCUCCGUAUCUUGGUUCGCAGCCGUAUUGUUUACCGGGAGCAGCCGGCGGACAGACAGCGGGGAAGGGGCGAAAUAGCGCCGUGAAAUAUUUUUUUUUUGCACCGGCGCAUUUUUUUCGCCGGCAGAAGGGGGUUUUUAGGCAAUUAAAUUGACGUCAGAAAAAAGGGGGUAUUUAAAGAUGCGAAUUUAGCGCACUCCGCAGGCACGAAAACGACCAAAAAAUCCAUCGGGGAGAUCGUAUUUAAUUUUUUGUGCCCUUUGUUCCUUCGAAAAAAAUAUUUUUCAUCGGAGGUAAUUAUUAUUGAUAAUAAUGUGGGUGUUGGGUGUUGGAUUAUCAUGGGGUGAAUGGUUUUGGCGAAGCGGGGCGCUGUAGCUACUUUUUUGAGAAUUUCGCCUUGAUUAUUUCGCUCCUGCAAACGGAGAGUAGAGAGGAGGCGAGCGUGGAGGGGUUGCUCUCUUUUUGGUUUUGAUUUUUUUCUCGGGGGGUGGGGAUUAUUAUUAUUAUUUUUUGGGGGGCCACCGAUCCCUCCCCCCCCCCUAUUUAGAAAAAAAAAAUAACCCAAUCACAUCUAACGAUCCGAGUCGAUCGCCAUGGCCGAGAACCUGCUUGACGUCGGACCUCCCAACCCGAAGCGGCCGAAGCUGAAUUCACCUGCCCUGUCCGCCUCCGACGGUCCAGUAGACUUGGGAUCGCUCUUUGACCUGGAGAACGACCUUCCGGACGAACUGAUUCCCAAUGGAGGGGACAUGACGCUUGGGAGCAUGCCCUCCAACGGCGGCUCUGGGAUAGGGAGCAUGGUCCAGGACGCAGCCUCCAAGCACAAGCAGCUGUCCGAGCUCCUGCGGGCUGGGAGCAGCCCCAGCCUUAAUGCAGGAAUCAACUCGGGCAGCCCCCAGCCAGGCAUGGGCAGCCAGCAGGGUGCCGCCGGGGGGCUGGGGGGCUUGGGCGCGUUAGGCAAGAGCCCCCUGAACCAGGGCCUGCAAGUAUCCGGCGGCUCCCCCACCGUCCCCUCCCAGGCCCAGAAGCAGGGGGCCGCCCCCACCAACCCGAGCGGCGCGGGGAUGGGCAUGAACGCCGGCUUCAACCAGGCCAUGCUGAACAGCACCCAGGCCCACGGGCUCCUGAACCAGAACUCCCAGCCGCAGGGCCAGGUGAUGAACGGCUCGCUGGGGUCCGUGGGCCGAGGCCGGGGGGCAGCUGGUUUGCAGUACUCCGGCCAGGGCUUGCCGGGCGCGGCGGGAGGCGGCGGCGGGGCGAGCGGCGCGGGCAGCGUGCUGGCGGAGACCCUGACCCAGGGGGCGCCCCAGCUCGGCGGGCUCCCGGCCAUGAGUGCGCAGCAAGCUGGCGGCAUGAAUAAGAUGGGGUUGCCGGGGAGCAGCAGUCCUUUUGGCCAGCCAUAUGGGCAGAACACAGGGCAGCAGCUGGGGACUACAGGGGUGAACCCAGUCAACCCCCAGCUUCAGAAUAAAGCAGGGCUGUCCAACAGCCUGCCCCCUUUCCCCACAGACCUGAAGGGGGCUGCCGUUACCAGUGUGCCAAACUUGACCCAGAUGCAGCAGCAGCCCCAGCAGCAGGUGCCCUCGGUGGGCAUGGUCCCCAACCAGGCGGUCUCCACCGGGCCCACCGCCGACCCGGAGAAGCGCAAGCUGAUCCAGCAGCAGCUGGUGCUCCUGCUCCACGCCCACAAGUGUCAGCGGCGGGAGCAGGCCAACGGGGAGGUGCGCCAGUGCGCCCUGCCCCACUGCCGCACCAUGAAGAAUGUCCUCAACCACAUGACGCACUGCCAGGCCGGCAAGUCCUGCCAGGUUGCUCACUGUGCAUCUUCUCGACAAAUCAUCUCCCACUGGAAGAACUGCACUCGACACGAUUGUCCUGUCUGUCUCCCUCUGAAAAACGCCAGUGACAAGAGAAACCAGCAGCCGAUGUUGAGCUCGCCCAGCGCAGGCUUACAGAAUUCGAUUGGCACUGUGGGAACAGGCCAGCAGACGACGCCCACCAUCAAUAGCACUACUCCCAUUGACCCCAGCUCCAUGCAGAGGGCCUAUGCAGCUCUUGGCCUGCCGUACGGCAACCAGCCCCCCACACAGACCCAGCCUCAGGUACCAGGCCAGCAGACUGCACAGACACAGCCCCACCAGCAGAUGAGGCCCAUGAACACACUCGGCACUAAUCAGAUGAACCUUAGUGGAGGAGGAAUGGGCGUCCCAGCCCCUGAGCAGACCAGCCUUCUGUCAGACUCUUCUCUCCCUUCCUCACUCAAUACCACAAAUCAGCUGAUGCCUGAUGGCACAGGCGUGGGCAAUGUGGCAAACAUGGGUAGCAUGCCCACCGCUGCUCCGCUCUCCUCCAGUGGCGUGCGGAAAGCCUGGCACGAACAUGUCACUCAGGACCUGCGCAAUCACUUGGUACACAAACUUGUUCAAGCCAUAUUCCCCACACCAGACCCGGCUGCUCUGAAGGAUCGCCGCAUGGAGAACCUGGUGGCUUAUGCACGGAAGGUGGAGGGAGAUAUGUACGAAUCUGCAAACAGCCGGGAUGAAUAUUACCAUUUCCUGGCAGAGAAGAUCUACAAGAUUCAGAAGGAAUUGGAAGAGAAGAGACGGUCUAGGCUUCAGAAGCAAAGCAUUAAUCAAGCACCAAUGGCUGCCCCAGGCGGCCAGCAGCCAGGACUGGCACAGCCUUCAGCCAUGGGCCCUACUCAGGCUGUGAGACCGCACAAUGGACCCAUGCCUAUUCCCAAUGUGCCAAAUCAGAUCAUGAAUCGCAUUCAAGUUUCACCAGGAGUAAACCAGUUUAACCCCAUGGCUAUGGGGAAUGUGCAGAUGUCACAGACCCCCAUGGGACCUCGUGCAGCUUCCCCUAUGAACCAUCCAGUGCAGAUGAGCAUGGGCUCUGUUCCAGCAAUGGGAAUGUCUCCUUCCAGAAUGCCACAAGCCCAGGGUAUUAUGGGAGCCCACACUAACAGUAUGGUUGGGCAGACGGCAAACCAGAACCAGUUCAUGCCCCAGAACCAGUUCCCACCAUCCAGUGGGUCUAUGAAUGUGAAUGUGACCAUGGGGCAGCCUUCAGCCCAGGCAGCGGUGACACAGCAGCAGCAGCAGCAACAGCAGCAGCAGCAGCAGCAGCAGCAACAGCAGAGCCAGAACGCUAAUCUCCCCAUGAACACGCUGGGAUCCCUCAGUACGCAGCUGCCCUGCCCCCCGGUCACCCAGUCUCCGCUGCACCAGACUCCGCCGCCUGCGUCCACCACCGCCACCGGCAUGCAGCCUCUGCCGCACCAGGCGCCUCAGGGGCUGAACCCCCCGCAGGCGCAGCCCUCCACCCCAGCUUCGUCAGGGGGGCGGGCUUCCACCCCCACCCCCACUCCCAGUGUCCUUCCGAGCGCGGCUAGCGCACAGAGCACCCCUCCCGGGCCGGCCCCCGGCCAGGUCCCCGCCCAGCCGCAUACUCCCCUGCAGGCACAGGCGGAACCCACUGUGCAGCCUCAGCAGCCCACUUCUGUGCAGCCGCCCACCACUCCGCUGUCCCAGGCCGCCGCUAGCAUCGACAACCGCGUGCCCACCCCGGCCUCCGUCAACAAUGCAGAGGUGCACUCCCAGCAGCCUGCGCCUGACGUACCCGCGCCAGACCCCAAGCCCGAAGACAAGGAGGAGGAGCUGGAAUUUGAAUCGAACGAAUCGCAUGCCGAACCCGUACAAGAGGCUGAAGACGAUGCUGUGGCUUUGGCGUCUCAGACGAAGGAAGCGGCCGAAGGGGUGGAGCCAAAGCAGGAGCCAAUGGAGGUGGAGGAGAAGAAACCUGAAAUAAAGGUGGAGUCUAAAGAGGAAGAGGAAGGCGGGGCAAAUGGCACAACCCAGUCAACAUCCCCCUCUCAGCCUCGCAGAAAGAUUUUCAAACCUGAGGAGUUGCGGCAGGCUCUGAUGCCCACACUGGAAGCGCUGUACCGGCAAGACCCAGAAUCUCUGCCCUUCAGGCAACCUGUUGACCCACAGCUCCUGGGAAUCCCUGAUUACUUUGACAUUGUGAAAAACCCAAUUGACCUGUCCACAAUCAAGAGGAAGCUGGACACAGGACAAUACCAGGAGCCCUGGCAGUACGUGGAUGAUGUGUGGUUGAUGUUCAACAACGCCUGGCUUUACAACCGCAAGACCUCCCGAGUAUACAAAUACUGCACUAAGCUGGCCGAGGUCUUUGAGCAAGAGAUUGAUCCUGUCAUGCAGUCCCUUGGGUACUGCUGUGGUCGAAAGUAUGAAUUUUCGCCACAGACUCUGUGCUGCUAUGGUAAGCAGCUGUGUACCAUCCCCCGCGAUGCCACUUACUACAGUUACCAGAACAGGUAUCACUUCUGUGAGAAGUGUUUCAACGAAAUCCAGGGCGAAAGUGUAACCCUGGGGGACGACCCUGCACAGCCACAAACCAUGAUAUCAAAAGACCAGUUUGAAAAGAAGAAAAACGACACAUUAGACCCUGAACCAUUUGUUGAAUGUAAAGAUUGUGGACGCAAAAUGCACCAGAUCUGUGUACUACAUUAUGAUGUUAUCUGGCCGUCUGGGUUUGUCUGCGACAACUGUUUGAAGAAGACUGGUAAAACAAGAAAGGAGAACAAGUUUGCAGCCAAACGGUUACAGUCGACAAGGCUGGGAAUGUACAUAGAGGACCGAGUGAACAAGUACUUGAAGAGACAGAAUCACCCUGAGGCUGGGGAGGUGUUUGUGCGAGUGGUGGCCAGCUCAGACAAAACGGUGGAAGUCAAACCAGGAAUGAAAGCUAGAUUUGUAGAUGCAGGAGAAAUGUCAGAAACCUUCCCAUACAGAACCAAAGCACUUUUUGCUUUUGAAGAGAUUGAUGGGGUGGAUGUGUGUUUCUUUGGCAUGCAUGUGCAGGAGUAUGGCUCUGAAUGCCCGUUUCCCAAUACCAGGCGUGUAUACAUAUCAUACCUCGACAGUAUUCAUUUCUUCAAACCUCGGUGUCUGCGUACUGCAGUUUAUCACGAAAUCCUAAUUGGGUAUCUGGAAUAUGUCAAGAAACUUGGGUACGUGACUGGUCAUAUCUGGGCCUGUCCCCCAAGUGAAGGAGACGACUAUAUCUUCCACUGUCACCCUCCUGAUCAGAAAAUCCCCAAGCCCAAGAGAUUGCAGGAGUGGUAUAGGAAGAUGCUGGACAAGGCUUUCGCUGAAAGGAUCAUCCAUGACUAUAAAGAUAUCUUCAAGCAAGCCACCGAGGACCGGCUGACCAGUGCAAAUGAGCUGCCCUACUUUGAGGGUGACUUCUGGCCCAACGUGUUGGAGGAGAGUAUUAAGGAACUGGAGCAGGAAGAGGAGGAGCGCAAGAAGGAGGAGAACACUGCAGCCUGUGAAAUGCCAGAGGGCAAUCAGGGCGAUAGUAAAAAUGCUAAGAAGAAGAACAACAAAAAGACCAAUAAGAAUAAGAGCAGCGUGAGUCGAGCCAAUAAGAAGAAGCCAGGGAUGCCGAAUGUGUCAAAUGAUCUGUCCCAGAAGCUUUAUGCAACCAUGGAAAAGCACAAAGAGGUGUUUUUCGUGAUCCACCUCCACUCAGGUCCGGUCAUCAACACUCUCCCCCCCAUCAUGGACCCAGACCCCCUGCUCACCUGCGACCUGAUGGACGGGCGGGACGCCUUCCUGACGCUGGCUCGGGACAAGCACUGGGAGUUUUCCUCCUUGCGGCGCUCCAAGUGGUCCACUAUGUGCAUGCUGGUGGAGCUGCACAACCAGGGCCAGGACCGCUUCGUCUACACCUGCAAUGAGUGCAAGCAUCACGUGGAGACCCGCUGGCACUGCACAGUCUGCGAGGACUAUGACCUUUGUGUCAACUGCUACAACACUAAGGGGCAUGAUCACACAAUGGUUAAGUGGGGCCUGGGGCUGGAUGACGAGAGCAACAGCCAGGGCGGGGAGGCCUCAAAGAGCCCCCAGGAGAGCCGGCGCCUGAGUAUCCAGCGCUGCAUCCAGUCCCUGGUUCACGCCUGCCAGUGCCGCAAUGCAAACUGCUCCCUGCCAUCCUGCCAGAAGAUGAAGCGGGUGGUGCAGCACACCAAGGGCUGCAAGCGCAAGACCAACGGCGGCUGCCCCGUGUGCAAGCAGCUCAUUGCCCUGUGCUGCUACCACGCCAAGCACUGCCAGGAGAACAAGUGCCCCGUGCCCUUCUGUCUCAACAUCAAACACAAGCUCCGGCAGCAGCAGCUCCAGCACCGGCUGCAGCAGGCCCAGAUGAUGCGGCGCCGGAUGGCCACCAUGCAGGGCCGGGGGAUGCCCCAAAGUCUGCCUUCGCCACCUACCUCAGCUGCGCCGGGCACCCCGACUGGCCAUCAACAACCCGGUACCCCCCAGACGCCACAGCCCGCGGCGGCACAGUCCCAGCCCCAGACGCCCACGGCGGGGGUCAUGCCUCCGGCCUUCCCCACCACGCCGCGAGGCAACCAGCCCCCAGCCCCCGCCUCCCAGGGUAAGCAGGGGAACCAGGCCUCGCCCCUGCAGCAGCCCCAGCCUCCCCUGCCCCCGGCCCCGCAGCAGCAGCAGCCGCAGCAGCAGCAGCCCCAGCAGCAGCCGGCACCCCCGCAGGCCGCUGUGGAAAUAGCUCGGCACAUCGAGCGCGUGGCCCAGCAGCAGGUUUUCCGCGGCAACAAUCUGAACGGCAUCCCCAUCAACCACCCGAGGAUGGUGGGGCAGAUGACCGCAGCCAUGCAGAUGGGGGUGCCUCGCGGCGCCCCCGUCAUGACUGCCAUGCAACCGGGACAGUGGCCCCCGGGACCGCAGGGGCCCAUGCAGGCCCCUCCGCAGCAGCCGCAGCAGGUCCCCCCGCCCCAGCCGCCGGUUCCUCCUCAGCAGCCCCAGGGACCUCAGCCUCCCCAGCAGCCUCCUCCCAUGCAGAGGCCCAUGAUGAAUCAGCCGCAGGGGCCCAGGAUGCCCGGCGUCGUCCCGCCCCAGGGCCCCUCCCAGCAGCCCCCGCCUCAGCAGACGCCCCAGAGGGGCAGCAUCCACCCGACCGCCCUGCAGGACUUGUUACGCACCCUCAAGUCUCCGAGCUCGCCCCAGCAGCAGCAGCAGGUCCUCAACAUUCUCAAAUCCAACCCCCAGCUCAUGGCGGCCUUCAUCAAGCAGAGGACACUCAAGUACCAAACCAGCCAGCCCCAGCAGCAGACCCCACCGGGUAUGCACGCGGGGCAGCCCGGCAUGCAGAGCCUGGCUUCCAUGCAGGCCGGAGCUGUGCAGAGGCCAGGAAUGGCGCCUCAGCA